AUGGUCAUCGUCAAGCGUACUUCAGCGGUCCGUCGUCGGGCUUCCAAGCCGCCCCGUCAUCCUACGUUCACCACGUCGGGGCCUCUCUGCGUUAUUUGCGUCUCAGACCAAGCGCCUCGAAAGUCCUCGGAUGGUUCAUCCAUCCCCAUCUUCUGCGGCACCUGUGAAGGAGGAGUCUAUGCCGAGGGAGCCAUACUACAACUUAUUGGCAAGAUGGAUGAUGAAUUGAUCGAACACGAAGUGGACUACCUGCACGACACUGAGCAGACUGGUCUUUUUGGGACAUCGCCCUCCAGAAUUGGCGAUACAUACAAACAAGCUCUCCUCGACCUACUGGAAAAGUGCAGCUACCUCGAUGACCUCAUCACCAAGACUCGACAGCGGUUCCCGUCUGUCAAAGCAAGCGAAGCGGAGGUGCGAGAUGCCCUUCGUCAGCUGGACACCCAUCUGGAGACGUACCCGUCGUCCUACUUUGACCCCAAGCUUGAUUUGAGAGUGCCUACCAUCGUUAUCGGCGACCACCCCCCGGCUUUUGCCCUCGCAUUUUGA